UUCCGCCCGUCUGUCAAACUGUAGCUGUCAAACACGAGCUGAGGGGUUGAGCUCCUGCUGCUGCUCCGUCAUUCAGGAAGUCCAGACCAAAAAACUGACAGCACUUCGAGAAGUCACACACCGACAUCUUCAGACUUAAAUGUCCUUGAAGUGCGUCCUGCUUCAGUCUUCUUUUUUUUUCUUUUUUAUUAGAAGAGGAAGAGUAUUAUCCCAGUCAUGAGGAAAAUCUUCAAGGAAUCAGCACUGGAUAUUAAUUGAGAAGAAAAAGGGGGACAGAGAGAGAGAGAGAGAGAGACAGAGGCUCGCCCUAAUAUCCCCUUACACAUUUCUUACAGGUCUAAGCUGGCCAAUGCCGGGCCCAUCACGGACAUCUGGUGGCGGUAGCAGCAGCAGCAGUAGUGUGUAUGUGAGCUUGGUCCCCGGCGCCUAGCCCAUGUCCAGCCCAUAAUGCCGUCAUCCACAAGGAAAGGAGUGCCGAAGGACCCCGAGCUGGCUGACCUCUUCUUCAAAGAUGACCCCGAGGAUGUCUUCUGUGACUUGCACGAAAUCGGACAUGGCAGCUUUGGGGCCGUCUACUUUGCUCGUAACUCCUACUCCAACGAGGUGGUGGCCAUCAAAAAGAUGUCCUAUAAUGGCAAGCAGACUACCGAAAAGUGGCAGGACAUCAUUAAGGAGGUCAAGUUUUUGGGACAGCUGCGACACCCAAACACAAUUGAAUACAAAGGCUGCUACUUGAAAGACAACACUGCCUGGCUGGUGAUGGAGUACUGUCUGGGCUCCGCAUCAGAUUUACUAGAGGUUCAUAAGAAACCACUCCAAGAGGUUGAAAUUGCUGCCAUUACCCACGGUGCCUUGUUAGGACUGGCUUACCUACAUUCCCAUAAUAUGAUUCACAGAGAUGUGAAAGCUGGUAACAUCCUGCUGACUGAGCUAGGUCAGGUCAAACUGGCCGACUUUGGCUCCGCCUCCAUUGCCUCACCUGCCAACUCCUUUGUGGGAACACCUUACUGGAUGGCCCCAGAAGUGAUCCUAGCUAUGGACGAGGGUCAGUACGAGGGGAAAGUGGACAUCUGGUCCCUGGGGAUCACCUGUAUUGAACUGGCGGAGCGUAAACCUCCCCUGUUCAACAUGAAUGCCAUGAGUGCCUUAUAUCACAUCGCCCAGAACGACUCUCCUACGCUGCAGUCCAAUGACUGGUCUGACCCUUUCCGGAGCUUUGUUGACUACUGCCUACUGAAAAUUCCUCAGGACAGACCCUCGUCGGGGGAGCUGCUAAGACAUGAUUUUGUGCGUCGGGAACGGUCGCCGCGCAUUCUCAUCGACCUCAUCCAGAGGACCAAGGAUGCGGUGCGUGAGCUGGACAAUCUGCAGUACCGCAAGAUGAAGAAGAUCCUCUACCAGGAGAAAGUCAACGGGCCCAUGGGAGAGAGCCAGGAGGAGGAAGAGGACAGCGAGGCAGCCAGCUGUAAGAUGAACAGUCUGGGCAGCAACCACUCCAUACCCAGCACCUCGGUCAGCACGGGCAGCCAGAGCAGCAGCGUGAACAGCAUGCAGGAGGUGCUGGACGACAGCUGCUCCGACAUGACCAUGAUGCACCCCCAGGACUACAACAGCACCCUGGACUCCUCCCCGCACACAAAGAAGGACCAUCAGUACAACUGGGACGACGGGAUACACAGACCAGAGCCAAGGCUGACCUCCUGCGACAAGAGCAGUCAGGCACAAAACUACAAGAACCAGGGCCGAUUUGCCACCAUAAAAUCAGCAUCAUUGGUGACCAAACAAAUCCACGAACAUGAGCAGGAGAGCGAGCUGCGGGAGCAGAUGUCGGGCUACAAGCGCAUGCGGCGGCAGCACCAGAAGCAGCUGAUCGCCCUGGAGAACAAGCUGAAGGCCGAGAUGGACGAGCACCGGCUCAAGCUGCAGAAGGAGGUGGAGACGCAGGCCAACAACGCCUACAUCGACUUGGAGAAGCUGGCAAAGCGCCACGCCGUGCACUCUGAGAAGGAGAUGAAGACGGCAUUGACAGAUGAGAAGAAGUUCCAGCAGCAGAUCGUGGCCCAGCAGAAGAAGGAGCUGACCACCUUUCUGGAUAAUCAAAAGAAGCAGUACAAGCUCUGCAAGGAGAAGAUUAAGGAGGAGAUGAAUGAGGACCACAGCACACCCAAGAAGGAGAAGCAGGAGCGCCUGUCAAAGCACAAGGAGAAUAUGCAGCACUCCCAGGCCGAGGAGGAGGCCCAUCUCCUGGCCCAGCAGAGGGUUUUCUAUGACAGGAACUGCCGCGCAUUCAAGCGUAAAGUCAUGGUCAAGAAGCACGAUAUGGAGCAGGAGCAGAUCCGAGAGGAGCUGAACAAGAAGAAGACCCAGAAAGAGAUGGAGCACGCCAUGCUGAUCCGCCACGAUGAGUCCACCCAGGAACUAGAAUAUCGGCAGCUGAAGACCCUGCAGAAGCUGCGCAUGGACCUGAUCCGCCUGCAGCACCAGACAGAGCUGGAAAACCAGAUCGAGUACAACAACCGACGUGAGCGUGAACUCCACCGCAAGCAUGUGCUGGAGCUCCGGCAGCAGCCCAAAAACCUCAAAGCCUUGGAGCUGCAGAUCAAGAAGCAGUUCCAGGACACAUGUAAGGUGCAGACCAAGCAGUACAAAGCCCUGCGCCACCACCAGAUGGAAGUUACGCCCAAGGCUGAGCACAAGACGGUGCUCAAGGCCCUGAAGGAUGAGCAGACACGCAAGUUGGCCAUCCUGGCUGAGCAAUAUGAGCAGAGCAUCAACGAGAUGAUGGCCUCGCAGGCGCUGCGUCUGGAUGAGGCCCAGGAAGCCGAGUGCCAGGCCCUGAGGCAGCAGCUGCAGCAGGAGAUGGAGCUGCUCAACGCCUACCAGAGCAAGAUCAAGAUGCAGACCGAGGCGCAACACGAGCGCGAGCAGCAGAAGCUGGAGCAGAAGGUGUCCCUGCGUCGGGCUCACCUGGAACAAAAGAUUGAAGAGGAGCUGGUUUCCCUUCAGAAGGAGCGCACCGACCGCAUCAAGCACCUGCUGGAGCGCCAGGAGCGGGAGAUCGACACCUUCGACAUGGAGAGCAUGCGGCUCGGCUUCGGCAACCUGGGCACUCUGGACUUUCCCAAGGACGACUACAGAUGAGGGGCCGCCGCCGCCGCUACUGCUGCUGCCACUGCGGUCGCCAUCUCUCGUCGGAGUCCCCCCCCGGGGCAUCCGUCUGCCUCAGAACAACCCUCCUCUCAUUUUACCUGAACUCACCUGACAGUGCAGGUGCUGCUGACGCCCUCACUCAAACACACACAGAUGCAUAAAAAAAACGGCUCCAGAAUCAGCUCCAGUGUGUUUUCUGGGCCGGUCAGACAGAGUCGAUGGCAGGUUUGAGCCCCCCACGACCUCUUCCCUCUACUCCCCCCCCCCCUUCUCUCUCUCCCCCAUUCCCCCAACCCACCUAAAAACUUCCUCCCCCUCCUUGCCUCUCGUGGUGUCACAAGAUGACAAAAAAAAAAAUGCUGGAUAACUUCCUGUAGUUGUCAUGUUUUUGUAAGAAUACUGAUAACAUAGUCACAGUGUUUCUUGUUUCUUGUGCAAUGAUGACACUUUUGGUGUGACUAAAAGUGGGAGAGAAAAAAAAAAAAAAACGAGAGAAGGAGGGAGAGAAAAACAAGGGCAGUUUGAUGAGCGAAAUUGCUCCACAACCAUGCUUUUUUUUUUUUUCUUUUCUUUUUUUUUUUUUUUUAAAGAGGUGAUUCAUUAUUUUGUUUUUUGUUUUUUUUUUUGGUCUCAAGCGGUGCAAAAAAUAAAUCUCUCAAAAGCGAUAAAUCAAACAGCUGAUCCUUCCGCAGCUGCUUCUUUUUUGGUAUUUAUUCAUCAGGACAUUUUUAUGACAAAUUUCAAAUAAUUUGAUACUUUUGAGAGACAAAUAUCACAAUAUAUACAUACAGGUACGCGUUUUAAUAUGCGAUUUAAUAUCUUUCAGGUGAAUUUGAUUACUGAGGGGAGGGGUGACGGUGAAUCGUGGUACUCAACAUGUGUAUCUUACUGAUUUCUCUGCACUGGCAGCCAAUGUGAAUAAUGAUCCAUGUGACACGUGAACUCCAACUCCCAGUUAGCACAAAGGGCUUCAUGUUGGGGGGGCGGGAAGGGAAAGGGGGGGGGACAUGUACUUUGUGUAUAGAAGGAUUUAUGGAGAGCUUUUACUUAUUUUCAUAUUGUAUUUUAACUGUCACACCAAUCAAAAAAAAAUAAAAAACUUUUUAAAGGCGCUUUUUUUCCUCCCCCCUCCUCAGAUAGUAUGUGAAGUUCAGUCAUCUAUCAAUGGGAUUUUUAUUUUGAUCUUUUUUUUUUUUUCUUCUUUUUUUUUUUCGCUUUAACAACAACUCUUAAGCUGUGUAUUUUCUUAUAAACCAGAACAGUAUGAUGCUUUAUUAUUGCAUGCACUUUAAUUUUUUUUCCAGGUUAAAAGAAAGCAUGAAAUCUGUCAAGAGCUUUUAAUUAUAUUUGUAAAUAAAGUGCCCAUCACACA